GAUCAGCUGACUGAGAGGCUCGGCUGUCGAUGGAACAUUUUUCCCGUUUGGUGAAUUAAAAAGUAGAAAUUAUCAGUUUCUGUUUGAUCCAUCGAUCCGUCCGGACACCGACAUGCCGUCGCUCCUGUUCUGCGGGCCGAAGAUGGCUGCGUGCGGCAUCGUGAUCAGCAUCUGGGGCGUAAUCAUGCUGGCGAUGUUGGGAAUCUUCUUCACGGCGAAGUCGGCCGUGCUGAUCGAAGACGUCCCGUUCACCGAGGAGGACAUCCGCAACGAUAAAAGUCCUCCUCAGAACAUCUACGGUCUUUACAACCAGGUCGGCAUCAACUGCUUCAUCGCCGCGGCGAUCUACGUGGCGGUCGGCGCCGUGUCGCUGUGUCAGGUCCGCCUCAACAAACGCCAGGAGUACAUGGUCACAUAGACGACCUCUGACCCCUGACCCCAGACCUCUGACCCCUGGAGGACGUUACGACAUCACGCUGUUAAACGACCUGGUUGCCUAGCAGCGGAUUAACGGUGUUACAUGUAGAGAGGCGACGAGGAAAAGUAUUUAUUUAUUUUAAAGUUAAACUGUCGACGUGUUUGAUGUUUGUGAUGUUUGUUGUAUCAUUCCUUUUUUUUUUUGAACGGGUUUCUCCUAAAAACCGACCAGACGUUGGACCACUUCCUGAAUCAAGAUUAAAAUGAUUAAAUUAUGACGUUACAUCUUCAGUCAGCUGGUUUCCGAAGCUCCGCCGCUGCUUCCUCCUUUCCUCCCUUCCUCCUUUCCU